GGAUGCUGAGGAGGCUCGCUGGUUCUCGGUCUAUUGCCAAGAAGAACUCGCCUUCGUUUGGUUCCAGCGGUUGUAUUUUUGGCGCAGCGGAACGUCAAGACUUGAGAAAGAGAUGGCUCAGUGCUCCGACGCUGCAAAGGCGGGCUCCUCGGCAAACGGAGAGCAUGUAAAGAAGAGGAAUGUGGCUGUCAUAACCGGCAUCACCGGCCAGGAUGGUUCCUACCUGGCUGAGUUCCUACUUGCUAAAGGCUAUGAGGUUCAUGGUAUUUUGCGGCGUUCCAGCUCCUUCAACACAGGUCGGAUUGAGCAUCUUUACCAAAACCCACAGACACACACAGAGGGCAACAUGAAACUCCAUUAUGGUGACCUGACUGACAGCACCUGUCUGGUGAAAAUCAUCAAUGAGGUGAAGCCCACAGAAAUCUACAACCUGGGUGCUCAGAGCCACGUCAAGAUUUCCUUUGACUUGGCUGAAUACACAGCUAAUGUGGACGGUGUGGGCACUUUGCGUCUCCUGGAUGCAAUCAAGACGUGUGGUCUGACCAGCAGCGUCAAGUUCUACCAGGCUUCCACCAGUGAGCUGUAUGGCAAAGUCCAGGAGAUCCCGCAGAAGGAAACCACACCUUUUUAUCCCCGCUCACCUUACGGCGCAAAUUUUGUGACACGRAAGAUCAGCCGUUCUGUGGCAAAGAUUCACCUGGGCCAGCUGGAGAGCUUCAGCCUUGGGAACCUGGACUCCAAGAGGGACUGGGGCCAUGCCAAGGACUAUGUGGAGGCUAUGUGGCUGAUGCUGCAGUCAGAGGAGCCAGACGAUUUUGUAAUCGCAACGGGGGAGGUUCACAGCGUGAGGGAGUUUGUGGAGAGGGCCUUUAUACAUGUGGGAAAGACCAUUGUGUGGGAGGGGAAGGAUGAAAAUGAGAUUGGCCGUUGCAAAGAGUCCGGCGUGGUACACGUGAGGGUGGACCCAAAAUUCUUCCGUCCCACUGAAGUGAGACAACGAGGAUGA